AUGGCCGUGUUUCUCACCGAGGGUAUAGAGCACCACUUCUACACGGAUCGCAAGGAAACAUUAUUUGCAGUUUUCUUUUGCGAGGAAUAUCACGUUAUGCAGAACACUGCCGCAGUGAUUAUCAGAGGGGUCCUGUGGCAGCUGACCCGUCAGGAUGAAAUGAGCGCGAUAAUGAAGCUGAGACUUAGUUCGUUCGAUCGCCCUUCGAAUAGAUUCACAUGGAAAGUUCGAAUAAUCGUUAACUCUCAACCUUACCCAGAGAUUACCACGGAUCUCAAGUUCUUUCCUUCACGCGAUAUUAGUACCUUCAUUGAACAAAGAAACAGUGACAUUGAGAUGUUCAUUUGGAAGAAAAUUAGAGAUCUGAGCCUGCAGAAAGGAUAUUACUGCAGAUUGAAAAUUGAGACGCCGAAUAUACUAAAAGUAAAUGUCGGUGGCAGCUUCUUAGGGAUUGGACUAAUGUGCGACGAGAUGAAGAAACUUGAUAUACAAAAUGCACCAGCCUUUCCCGAGAACGUCGCCCCUGCAGAGAAAUAUGAGCAAAUUAAGGAGGAGACUUUCGCAUUUGAUGAGUUCAUAUCCUACUCUUCUGAAUCCUGGAUGGAUCAUGCUCACCUGGGUCGGCCGGUAUCGCUUCUCGCCACACUCACCGAGAAACAAAGUUAA